AUGGGACAAAAGGAACCAUCGGGAAAAGGUAAGAAACUCAUUGUUUUACACAUAGGAUCAACUGACGGUUUCGUACCGGGUGGCCUUUUAUGUUUUGAGUCAAAAACCAACUCAUCGGACUAUCAUGAUGAAAUGAAUGGCAGUACUUUCUUUGAAUGGUUUGCAAAAAUGCUGCCGUUACUUAAAGAAAAUGCUGUCAUAGUGAUGGACAACGCCGCCUAUCAUUCUGUGAAAAAAGAUCGUAUUCCAGUGAUGUCAUGGAAAAAGCAGGAAAUAAUAAAUUGGCUGGAAAGUAAGGGCGAGAACAUUACUUAUCCUACAACAAAAGGGGCAUUAUUGUCUAAAGUCAGAACAAUACAUACGGAUGACCAUGAGAAAUACGUUAUUGAUGAGUAUGCGAAAGAUAACAAUAAAACAAUAUUAAGAUUGCCCCCGUACCACUGCGAGUUGAAUCCUAUAGAACUAGCAUGGUCGUCUGUUAAGAGGUAUGUCCGUACUCACAAUACUACCUUUAAAUUAAAAGAUGUACACGAAUUGUUGAAAAGAGGCGUGGAACUAGUAACACCGGAAAUGUGGACGAAUUUCGUUGGGCACGUCAUCAAGGAUGAAGAAAAAUUUUGGAAAAUCGACAACAUAACAGACGAUUUUAUGGACGAAGAACCUGAAGAAGGAGCACGUCAUAUCCUAACAAUAGGUGAUACAAGUUCGGAUUCCGACUCGGAUUAA